UAGCCCCCAUUUUCUUGCACAAGUAAUCAAAUCCCAUCUAUUUCAUCUUGGUUGUUGAACUAUCUUCCUCUACACCAUUUCUCCCAAUCAUUCAUAUCAUAACUUAUAUACACACCCAAAUUGCUCCUCAUUUCUUCCAUCCUUUCUGAAUUAAUUUCAUUCUCCCUCACCCCAAACCAACUAACCACCAACAACCAACCAACCUCGUGCUACCAUGGAACCCAUCGACAUGAACGAGGAGCGGCUCCUAGCCGAAGUCGACUUCAAGGACUCGUCCCCCAUCGUCAUCAAGAUCCGUCGCAAGCUCCCGGACUUUCUCCACUCGGUGAAGCUCAAGUACGUAAAGCUAGGCUACGGAUACUCGCGCAACCCGGCCACCGUGCUCCUUUUCUUGGCCGUGGUGCCUCUGCUCGUCCAGGCCUGGACGAGCAGGACACUCCUCCUUGACACGGCCACCAUUUUAUUGGGCGCGGCCGCCCUGACCCUGCCCCUAGGCAUUUACUGGGCCAAGCGGCCGCGCCCAAUCUACCUCGUCGACUUUGCGUGCUACAAGCCGCAGGACGAGAGGAAGCUAUCCGUGGAGUCAUUCUUAAAAAUGUCCGCGGAUAGCGGAGCCUUCGGGGAGGAAUCGAUCAACUUCCAAAACAAGAUUUCGCACCGGUCGGGGCUGGGAGAUGAGACCUACUUUCCGAGAGGGAUCACCUCCCAUCCCCCGAACCUCUCCAUGGCCGAGGCGAGGCUCGAGGCCGAAAACGUGAUGUUCGGUGCUCUCGAUUCGCUCUUCAGCAGCACCGGGAUCAGCCCGAGCCAGAUCGGGAUCGUGAUCGUGAACUGCAGCUUGUUUAACCCCACGCCUUCUCUCUCCUCCAUGAUCGUUAAUCAUUACAAGAUGAGGACAGAUAUCAAGAGCUUCAACCUCGGCGGGAUGGGCUGCAGCGCGGGGCUGAUUUCCAUCGACCUCGCAAAGCACCUCCUCCAGGCCAACCCCGACACCUACGCCGUCGUCGUCAGCACUGAGAACAUAACCCUCAACUGGUACUUCGGCAACGACCGGUCCAUGCUUUUAUGCAACUGCAUCUUCCGGAUGGGGGGCGCGGCGGUCCUCCUCUCGAACAAGGGCCGGGACAGGCGCCGGUCCAAGUACGAGCUCGUCCACACAGUGCGGACGCACAAGGGCGCGGACGACAAGAGCUACAACUGCGUCUACCAGAGGGAGGACGACAAGGGGACGGUUGGCGUUUCGCUGGCGCGGGAGCUGAUGGCGGUGGCAGGGGACGCGCUGAAGACGAACAUCACGACGCUAGGACCGCUGGUGCUGCCGCUGUCGGAGCAGGUGAUGUUCCUGAUUCGGCUGGUGAAGAGGAAGGUGCUCGGGGCCCGGGUGAGGCCGUACAUACCGGACUUCAAGCUGGCAUUCGAGCACUUCUGCAUCCACGCGGGCGGGCGGGCCGUGCUCGACGCGAUCGAGAAGAACCUCCAGCUGAGCGAGUGGCACAUGGAGCCGUCCAGGAUGACUCUGCAUAGGUUCGGGAACACAUCGAGCAGCUCGCUGUGGUAUGAGCUGGCGUACACGGAGGCGAAGGGCCGGGUUUCGAGGGGGGACCGGGUGUGGCAGAUUGCGUUCGGGUCGGGUUUUAAGUGCAAUAGUGCGGUGUGGAAGGCUUUGAGGGAAAUAUCUGUUGAAGAAUGCCUAAAAAGUAAUAAUCCGUGGUUGGAUUGUAUACAUAAGUACCCUGUUGAAAUUCCGGUUUCCACUGCCGCCGCCUCUGCCUCCGCCACAGCCAGUUAAUUCUGGCUAUAUAUAUACAUACAUACACAUGAGAUUGUUGAUGAUUAACUUGUCAUGCAAAAUCUUUUUUUUUUUAUUUUAGAUGUGGAAUUGUGCAUUAAUAUACUUCACAGGAAUACGAUUCAUGUGUUUUAAAAAUUGGAUCGGAACGAUUCAACCGGGGCGUUGCUCGGUCUGGUUUGGACAUAAAAUCCACUGGGAUAUUGAACUAUUAUGAAAAGGAAAAACUGGAUUGGUUUGUUAUUAA